AUGGCGCGUCCACCUCAAAAUAAGCAACCAGCAGCAACAACUACUGAGCUGCCCACCCUAAAUUCAACCCCAUCCAUCACACGGUCGAUCACUUCAUAUUCCAUGCCUCGCCAAAAAGACCCGCUAGUGUCAAGCUUUGGCAAUGCCACUGAUGCUACAAAUGACCAAAUCCGCGAAUACCACCAUCAAGUUAAAGCAACUCUCACAAACAUCCUCAACGAUGACCGGGUGAAGCACGAUCCCAGCGGAAGUCGCUGUGUGCAGAAUAUACUGUUGGAAAAUGAGCAGAACAUGCGGAAGCAACGGAGACAUUCACUUAAUACAUGUUCGGCUAAGCGAACGAUGCUUUCCUAG